AUGUGGACAACAGGCAUGAGGGGGAAGUUGCUGGGUGACACAGGGAAUCAGCUCUGUGACGAUCUAGAGGGUGCUGUUGCUGGUGGCCAGAGGGAACAGUCCCAAGUGUCAUCGGGUGUCGAGAUCGGAGGAGACAUGAGUUACGAGUGCAGAGAUAAGUCUCUGCACCCCGAGUUCCUUUUCCCUCUAAAAAGAGGGGGCCUCACAGCCUCCGGUGCCUUCCUGCCUGCUUUCCUGCCCACACUCCCACCUGCAGUCCCUGACCUGCUGUCACCAUGCCUCGGAGGCACAAGAGGUUCUCCCACGAGCUCCCCUGCUGCUGGUGAUCACCAGGAUCUUCAGGGAGCCAUUGCCCCUAGCUCUCCUGAUGCAGGGCCUUCAUGUGCAGGAUCUGGUGAAGGUGCCCAGGGCCCCGAGGAGGAAAGUGCAGGUGCCUCCCAGGAAGCCCCUGCCACUCAGAGCACUCACAAAGAUCCUCUGGCCAGGAAGGCCAGGAUACUGGUGGAGUUCCUGCUGGAGAAGUACACCAAGAAGGAGCCCAUCAUGUACAGCGCCCUAAUGAAAAUCGUUAGCAGGAAGUACAGGCAGCACUUCCCUGAAGUCCUCAAUACAGCCUGUGAGCACGUGCAGCUGGUCUUUGGCCUGGAGAUGAAGGAAGUCCACCAUAGAGGGAACAUCUACACCCUCAUCAGGAAGCUCAACCUCGGGGGAAACGAUUGUCUGCCUGAUGAGGGAGCACUGCCCAAGUCCGGGCUCCUCAUGGUGCUCCUGGGGGUCAUCUUCAUGAAUGGUAACCGCGCCACCGAGGAGGAGAUCUGGGAAUUCCUUAGUAUGUUGGGGAUCUAUGCUGGGAGGAGGCACUGCAUCUUUGGAGAGCCCAGAAGGCUCAUCACCAAAGAUCUGGUGCAGAAGGAGUACCUGAACUACCGCAAGGUACCCAAAAGUGAUCCUCCACACUAUGAGUUGCUGUGGGGCCCGAGAGCUUGUGCUGAGACCAGUAAGAUGAAAGUACUGGAGGUUCUAGCCAAGUUCCACGGUAGGGUCCCUAGUUCCUUCCCAGACCUCUAUGAUGAGGCUCUGAGAGAUCAGGAGGAGAGAGCAGGGCGGAGAGUUGCGGCCAGGGCUCCCACCAUGGCUGAGGCCAGUGCCCCUUCCAGGGCCAAGUCCUGCAGCUCCUCACACGUCUGGGGAGAGGGGCAGGGCACUUUGUUCCGUUUGUGUUGGAAGAGAGCAGUUAAGCUGCUAAAUAGUGCACAGUAG